GGUCAGGGGCUCUGGGACCGUCUCAGAGGGGUGUCAGGGCCAGUGGAGGGUGAACAGACAGUGACUGAGAGCGACAAGGUGCAGGGAAGACACAGAGAGCCAGACCCAUCCAGGACGAGGUCCCCAGCAUUCAUCACAGAGCCACAGAGGUAGCUGGAGCCAGUCCUGGGAGAAGCCUGGUGCCAAACGUCUCCAUGGGCCACUGUGGGCCAUGGCCCUACACUUUUCUCCUCUGGGCCGCAGUGGCCAGCCUGCUCCUCCCUGCUGCAGUAACCCAGCAGCUGAGAGGCGCUGGGCUGGCCCUCAGCAACUGGAACAACAAUGCAGGCCUUUCUGGGCCCCCAGAAGAUGUGUCAGCGGAGUUUGGCCACCAUAUCCAUGGCCACAGGGGCCACGAAGAUGAGCAUGAGGACAUUUCCAUGGAAAGUGGACAUGGUUCCCAGAGACUGUGGCAAGACCAUGGGGGUGGAGAUGAGGAUGAAGACAUCUCAAGGGAACAUAGCCACCACCACCAAGGCCACAGGUACCAAGGCCACCAGGCAGGAAAUGACAAUGGCUCCGAGGAGGUCUUCACAGAGCAGGCCCAUGGGCACAGAGGCAAGGGCCUUGAAGACACUGGGGACUCAGCUGAGCCUGGAAAUUACUUUCCCAGCCACAGGAACCCCAGUCGUGAUCACAACCACAAGGACAACGCACUGUCCAGUGAGCAUCACCAGUCUGUCCCCAGGGAUGCACACAGAGGCCACAGAAGGGGAGAUGAUAGUGAAGGAGAGGAGGAGGAAGAGAGGGAGGAGGAGGUGUCCUCUGAGGACAGGCACCAAGGCCACAAAGAAGAGGAAGAGAAUGGUAAUGAUGACGAUGAAGAUACUUCAACUGAGUAUGGACACCAUACCCGUGGACACCGAGGCCACGAGACGGAAGAGGAUGAGGAUGUCUCAGAUGAACACCCUCAUGCUAUCCCCAGCCACAGACACCGAGGCCACAAAGAAGAGGAAGACAGUGAUAAUGACGAAGAGGAUGUCUCUACUGAGUACGGACACCACACCCAUGGGCACCAAGGCCACAAAAGAGAGGAAGAAAGUGACAAUGACCGUGAUGAAGAAGAAGUCUCCAAUGAGUAUGGACAUUACACUCAUAGGCACCAAGGCCACAGGAUAGAAGAGGAUGAGGAUGUCUCAGAUGAGCACCACCAUCCUGUCCCCAGCCACAGACACCAAGGUCACAAAGAAGAGGAAGACAGUGAUGAAAAUGAUGAUGAGGAGGAGGAGGAGGAGGAUGUCUCUACUGAGUAUGGACACCAUGCCCACGGACACCGAGGCCACAAAGAAGAGAAAGGUGACAAUGACCAUGAUGAAGAAGAAGUCUCCACUGAAUAUGGACACCACACCCACAGGAACCAAGGCCACAGGAUGGAAGAGGAUGAGGAUGUCUCAGAUGAGCACCAUCAUCCUGUCCCCAGCCACAGACACCGAGGCCACGUAGAAGAGGAGGACAGUGAUGAUAAUGAUGAGGAGGAGGAGGAUAUCUCCACUGAGUACAGAUACCAUGCCCAUGGGUACCAAGGCCACAAAAAAGAUGAAGAGACCUCAGUUGAACACCACCAUCACAUCCCCGACCAAGGACCUAGGCUCAGGAAAGAGGAAGAUGAGGAUGUGUCCACUGAACACUGGCACCAGCCUCCCAGACAUGCCCACCAUGGCCUUGGAGAUGACAAGGAGGCAGAGGAGGAAGAGGAGGUUGUGGUCAGGUUCAGCAGUCACGUUGCAAGCCAUCAAUCCCAAGGCCACAAGGAGGAAGACUCCACAGAGAAGUACAAAACAGAGGUCCCUGGUCAUCUACACAGCAGAGUCUCCAGAGAGAAAGAUGAGGACAUGUCUGCUGAGCAUGGCUUCCAGCCCCCCAGCCACAGGCAGCAGGACCAGCAGGAGGAAGGGACUGUCCAUGGUCACAGAGGGUCUGUUCUAGAAGAUAGCAGCCACCAGCCCACAGAGCACACAGGGGCCAGGGCUAGAAGCCGUGUGAGGGAGGGCGAUUCCAGGGAGGAGGAAGAGCAGAAAAGAGACCACAGCUCUGAAGAGGAAGAUGAGGGCUCAGAGCAGGAAGAGGAAGAGGAAGAGCUCCACCGCAGCAGCCUGGACCAGGAAGAGGAGGAAGAAGAGGCUGAAGGUCACGGCCUCAGAGCAAGUGAGGAGGAAGAAGAGGAAGAUGAGGAAGAAGAGGAGGAAAGAGCCGACGUUCAGGCCUCACUGAGCCAUGCUCACAGAGAGGAGGAGGACCUGGAGGAAGACAAGCUCCCUCUCACCCUUAUCCCUGACCCCCUGGCUGGGAGAGAAGUGACUGUGGAUGGCUCCAGCGAGGAAGAGAUCAGUGAGGAUGCAGGUCUGAAGGACACCCAGGAGUACGGGAACUACCAGCCAGGGUCCCUGUGUGGCUACUGCACCUUCUGCAAUCGAUGCACUGAAUGUGAGAACUGUCAUUGUGACGAGGAGAACAUGGGCGAACACUGUGACCAGUGCCAGCACUGCCAGUUCUGCUACCUCUGCCCGCUGGUCUGCGAGACAGUCUGCACUCCAGGAAGCUACAUGGACUAUUUCUCGUCCUCCCUGUAUCAAGCCCUGGCGGACAUGCUGAAGACCCCGGAACCCUGAUCAGGCCUUUGGCUGUGCUGAUAACCCUCCUCCUGCCUUCUAACCCCUUACCUAGAGCCGUAUUUAUUUCUCUUGAAUAAACGUGUUCACCAAAACCUGU